UUUGUAUGUCUGACAAGGAAAAAAUGUAGAUGUUGACCAUGAGCGAUCUCCAGCUGCCUGCGGGCGUCUCCCAGAGCAGAGAACAGGUCCAGUUUGAUGCGGGUCUCGGCGCUCAGCGGUACUUCCCCAAAGCCUGCGUCCGAAAGAACACAUCAACAGUGAGAGCAGGAGGAAACCCUGGAGAACGUGGUCUCACCGGCUGUGGUGACCCCGCCUGGGUGAGGCCUCGUGUAUAUAAGCCUAUAAGACAGGAGUGGAGUCGACAGUCUUGGACUGAACCACCACCAUGAACACCCUCGUCUUCCUGUGUGCUCUCAGCCUCCUGGCUGCUCUUCAGGUACCCGGCACUCUGACGGAGGAAGUGGAGGCUGUGGAGGAGGCUCAACCCCUGAUGACAACAACGGAGAGGAGUGAGAUUGUGAACAAACACAACGCCCUGAGGAGGGGGGUUUCUCCUACAGCCAGCAACAUGCUGAAAAUGAGCUGGAACAAAGAGGCUGAAGCCAACGCUCAGCGAUGGGCCAACACCUGCUUCAUGAACCACAGCCUGGACAGUUCCAGAGAGAUCAGCACUAGUGGCUGUGGAGAGAACCUGUACAUGGCCAGCUCCAAGAACACAUGGAACGACGCCAUCCAGUCCUGGUACAACGAGGUGAAGGACUGGAGAUACGGCGUGGGAUCCGUCAACGGACAGAUUGUGGGACAUUUCACACAGAUUGUGUGGUACCGCUCCAACCAGAUCGGCUGUGCCAUGGCCUACUGUCCCAACUCGAAGUACCGGUACUUUUACGUCUGCCACUACUGCCCACCUGGGAAUGAACAGUUUGCUCGUCCCUACAAAUCAGGACCCACCUGUGCUGACUGUCCCAAUGCCUGUGAAAACAAACUGUGCACCAACCCCUGUCCCUACUCGGAUAUGUACAGUAACUGCCCUGAUAUGAAGGAGCAAAUAGGCUGCGGCAACUCCCAAGUGGCCUCCUGGUGCCCCGCCUCCUGGCGGCCAACGAUAUGGUUUCUCAGCAGGCUCCUGGUUCAAGUGAGGCUGAACGCUUCCUGCAGACAGAUCAACAGGCUCAAUUGUUUAACCUCGGCCUGGCUCUAAUCAAGGCACUGGAAUCCAGAGGAGAAACUCUGACAAGCAGCGGCUUCUAAAGUGCAGCGGUACCUCUGGGAGACUCUACUGAGAAAUGUGAGACUAAGAGUAUUAUCUGUUAUUUAACGGUCCUGACUGAGUAAACAGUUCUCAUGCUCUCUGUCAGGUCCCUGAGUGAUUACAGCUGAGAAAAGAAACACUGGCUUUCAAAGGUUAAAAAAAAAAAAAGUUAAAAAAAAUAAUAAUUAAAUUAAUAUCCAAAAAUAGUUACAUCGAGGGCAACUGGACGUUUUUUUGCCUCAAAUGGGCUGUCUGCUUCUAAAUGUUAGUGACUCUGUGGCUCCACCCGUUUCUUUUAACAGAACAUCGUCAGUGUUAUGUACGUUAGUGGAGCGGAGUCAGAGUAACAGCUGAGUGUUUCACAUCGCCCAACAGUUGGGAGUAAUUCAUCCAAAAAGCUUUGGGAAAAAUCCGUUGAUGCUUUUCAUUUCAAGAAAAAACACAAAUGUGUUGCUGGCAGUGAUUAAACCUUCAGCUGGUUCUCACCACAGCCCUGUGGCCUGAGGUCAGCCAGUGAUUGGUUACAUAUCGUCACCUCUCUCAAAAUCACACGAGGCGAAGCCCCGAGCUUAAAUAAAGUGAAAAAAACAGACCAAAAGCAAAAUCCCCAAAAAGUCUCUAAUCAUUCUAAAGUCUUUCCUCUAUAAUAUAAUAUAAAUAAAUAAAUGAUUUUUCUGACUUUGAAGAAUGAGUUGUUGGCCAAUCAGAGCCAUUAACCCUCCCCCCCCGUCCGUUCACUGGAUGAGUGUCAUUACGCUCUUGUUUUGCUUUGUUCCUGCCGAAGACCAGGGA